CAGCGAUUGGCACCCACCUACACACCUCCCUCGCCAUGCUACCACCCCCAGAUAACCCCGAAUCUACCACCGACACAACAACCACAACCACCACAUCACCCCUCCCCCUCACCACCGACAAUGUCAUCACCACCACCACGAAGAACCAUAACAACCACCACAACCACCCCCGCAAACCCAAACCGACGCUCCUCAACCCCCUCCAAAAAGGCAUCACAACCUACCUAACCCACCACCACAACAACAACAAUGACACCACCCUCCCCAUAUCCUCCCUCCCGAAACGCUUCACAAUCUACGCCCCCCUCCUCCUCCUCCCCGUCAACGCCCUCACCACCCCACCCGCCUGGCACACCCUCUACAGCACCCUAACGGCAACCCAAAAGACGACUCUGUACGAAUGCAUCCUCUCCGCCUUCUCCCGCUACAACCUCACCCACAUCGCCAUGAACGCCCCCAUCGCCCUAACCGACGCACAAGGCACCGAGAACCGCAUGCGCAGUCCCGGCGGCCUACUCCCACUGCACGGGGACUUUGGGCCCGCGCCCAGCACAAUCACAGACCUGGACUCGCCAACAGCAGAGGACCUGGGGCGCGCGUUCUGGGUAAGCACGGUGCAGAACCAUGGCAUUGAGCAGAUCUGGGCGCCUAUGUAUACGAUGUUCUCGAGGGGGAAUGUUACGGAGAAGGCGCGGAUAUUGGGAUCGGGGAUGGAGGGGUUAGCGAGGGAGGAUAUGGAGGGUAUAGGGAUGAGUGUGGUGGAUAUGUAUGCGGGGAUAGGGUAUUUUGUGUUUUCGUACCUCCGGCGCGGGGUGAGGAGGGUUUGGGGAUGGGAGAUUAAUGGGUGGUCUGUUGAGGGGUUACGGAGGGGGUGUUUGGCUAAUGGGUGGGGAUGUAGGGAUGGGGAUAAGGUGGUGGUGUUUCAUGGGGAUAAUCGGUUUGCGGCGCGGGUUUUGGCGCAGAUUAGGGAUGUGAUGGAGGUGAGGGGCCGGUGGGCGCCUGUUAGACAUGUUAAUUUGGGAUUGUUGCCGUCGUCGGAGGCUGCUUGGGGGGAUGCGUGUCGGAUGGUGGAUGGAAGGUUGGGGGGUUGGUUGCAUGUGCAUGAGAAUGUGGAUGUGAGGCGCAUUGAGGAGAUGAGGGAUCGGGUCACGAUGGAGGUUGGGAGGUUGAGGGGGGAGGUUUUGGAGGUGGAAGGUGAGGUCGUGGCGGAGUGUCGACAUGUUGAACAGGUCAAGACGUAUGCUCCGGGGGUGAUGCAUUGCGUGUUUGAUGUUAAGGUACCGGCGCUGGAGUUAUAA